GCUCGUACUCCAUGGAUUCAUUCAUAAGACAAGACUCGCUUCUGUGGGCCGAGACUCUAUAUCGCUGAUCAGUUUAUCCAUAGUGGACUUUUACAUGGAUCUAUAAUUGCACCUUGGAAAAACGGACAAAGGACAUAUUUUAGCGGACUCUGAAUUGGAUCAAUGAGUUUUUCAAAUACGGAACGUAAGGACUGUUUCCAUUGCAGCGAACAGGAUUUUCUUCUUCAUGCAACUUUUUUGGAAAGAGACCAAGAGCAUCUUACCGGAGCACAAUAAGGAACACAUUAACGGUGACGUCACACUCAUUCCGGGAACUAGAGGUUUUUCACUCGGCUCCUCCGGGGUAAUGUUCCAAGGGUUCCCCGGUGACUUUGAUACCAUCUCCCGUGGAAGUUCGUCCCCGUCUAUUGAGUCUCAGUACCUUUCCUCCGUGGACUCCUUCGGGAGCCCGCCGGCCAGUGCCUCACAGGAUUGUGUGUCUGCUGGAGGCGGGGACGGGGUAGGCAGUGGUUCCGGGGGCAGCAGUGGAGGAGUGGAUAUGCCAGGCUCCUUUGUGCCCACAGUCACAGCCAUCACUAGCAGCCAGGACCUGCAGUGGAUGGUGCAGCCAACUCUCAUCUCGUCCCAGGCCUCUGGCCAAAGUGGGACCCAGUCUGUGUCCCUGGUAGACCCUUAUGAUCUGCCAGGGCCCAGUUAUUCCUCUGGCUCAGGUUUUACUCCCACAGGCUCUGAGACCCCGGAGCAAGGCCCAGCCCCGGGCCCCAUCCGCCAGUCUAGGACUCGUAGUCGCCGUGUACGAGACGAGUCUGUGAGUGACGAUGGAGAUGUUGGUGUGUUUUUGACUCCAGAGGAGCAGGAGAAGAGGCGUGUUCGGCGCGAGAGGAACAAGCUGGCAGCCGCCAAAUGCAGAAACCGCCGGCGCGAACUCACUGACCGACUGCAAGGGGAGACCGACAUCCUGGAGGAGGAGAAGUCUGAGCUGGAGGCUGAGAUCUCUGAGCUGCAGAAGGAGAAGGAGCGCCUGGAGUUUGUCCUGGUGGCUCACGAGCCCAGCUGCAAGAUCCCCUACCAGGAGCAGCAGGCCUCAGGCUCCACACAGCUCCAGCAUCAGCCCCUACUGCCCCAACAGGCCCCCGUCUCCAUCGUGGGCUUGACUGUGGAGGACACUUUCUACCUGCCUCCCGCCUACACCUCGCAGCCUUCUACUUCGCAGCAGCAACAACAGCAGCAGGUUCAUCCGCAGCAACAGGUUCAACCGCAGCAACAGGUUAAUCCGCACCCGGGGAUGAUGCAGGAGUCUUCGAACCCUGAGAGCACGCCGAGCCCUUCCAGACCCUGGGACCUUGACUGAGCGCCGGCCCACCUCACACAUCCCCCUCGUCCCCCCACAUGGACACGGACGCACCCCUCCCCCCACUGAGGAGCCCUGGAGUGUUUCGCUCAAAGUAGAGCUUUAAAAAAAACAAAGCAACAAAACAAAACAAAAAAACACAUUGAAAAGACACAAAAUAGGAUGGACACAAAUGCAAAAGGGUUGUCACUCUUUUCAUUCUUCUCCUGAGCCAUUGUUGGAUGUUGAAACGAUGGAGAUGAAAUGAGACUUGUGUUGCGCUGGUGAGAUGAGGACGGCAGGAGAGUGAGAGAAGAGGCUUUAGCCGAGGUAGAGGUCUAGAGGGAGAGCUGAAACUUUGGCAGAGACAAAGGAUGAGCCCCCUGUACUCUUAAGCCUAAAUUGAAUUUUAAAAACGCCAACAACAAAAAAACAAUCCAGCUCUUGCCAACUGUGUGGAUGGGUUACCUCUUACUGGCAUAGUACCACCGCCAUACUGCAAAGUCUCUUCACCCUGGGCCCACACAAAUACUCAUACCGUCGCUUUCAAGCAUCUGAAUUGUCCUCCAUUCGUUACUGAUACUAUUGUGUACAAUGUUCUUCCCCCCUCCUUUAUCACCAAGUAUUCUCUGUUGUCGUUUUUAAGUCUUACCUUUGACAGAGAAAAUGUCAUGAUGAAAAGAAGAAAAAAAAACAUUGAGAAAGGCAUGUCCUUUUGGUAAAGAGCUUUUUGUCAGACAUGAGUUUAUUGGUAUCAGAUGUGAACCAUUGUUUUUUUUUGUUUUUUUAAAGAUACUUUUAAAAAGGAAUAUUCAACCAACCUCUGAACAUUGGGAUGAGCGGCCUCUCUUCCUCUCCUAGUGGGAGGUGCAUUUAUUGUGAGUGUAUCCCACUCUGAGCCACUUGGCCCGCUUAUUUCUUUCUUUUGAUUGAGGUUGACACGAUGUUAGAGCACAAUACAGAGGCCGGACACACAGAGGAGACGGGAGGAGGGGGUGUUUAUGAGUAUGUGUUCUUCAUUUGCCUGUGAAUUUGUUCCUUUUCAUUUUCAAGUGACAUUUGUUAUGUUUUAUGUAUAAAAAAAAUUAUGUUUGGCUUUGUCCUCCGCUCUUACCUGUGAUGCCGAUGCCGGACGUUUUUGUUCUUUCAGGGGAGGUUUCGCCCUUAAUGUUACUAUUAUUAUUGCAUUAUGUUGUUAUUUGAUUUUUAAAAAAAUAUUAUGUUUGGCAACUUCAGAGGCAUGUGCACUAUCAUAAAAUGUUAUAUGUGUCAAAAGUAUACUUAAAAGCAUACGCAUAUACAUACAGAAGAUAUGUAUAUUGAAGUGUAUGUACAAUGAUUGUAAAGUAUGAAUGUUUGAAAUAUAAAAAUGGGAUAUUUUUGUCAAUGAAGAAACAGAGGUGGUUGUUGAGGCUGGUUUUAAAAUGGAUAUUUUUCUAAAAGAACAAACAAUUAUAAUAAAUGACCGUACUUAACCAUUCCCUCAAUAUGACGCACAUUAUCACUGCCUCUGCUCACAUGUUUUAUAUAUAAAGCACACUAUUCAGGAUAACUAUAUCUAACGCGUGAUACUGCAUGUACUGCGGCUCGUCAGUAUGAUGAGAUUAUUGAGGUGGUACUAUUGCCUUUUUGCUUUUACAUUUGCCUGUUUGUUUUCCUCUGCGAGGUCAGUCCCAAUGCCUACACCACCAAAGCUUAAUGCCACCACUUAGUCCUCUUCGGACCCAAAAUGAGGAAACUAAUAUGAAUUGAAUGUAAAAAUACAUAUUAAAGUAUUAAUAAUGCAAAUAAUUUUUAAUUUAAUGUUUUUGUUGAGAAGUCUGUUAGAGUCUAGUGUGCAUUCUUGUUCAAUAAAGUAGUUAUCAUGCGAUUCAAAUCGACAGACAUUUCUGGAGAGCUUUUUGAGAGUUGCUCUCUUUAAAAUAUUCACCUCAUAGUAGUUAUUGUUGAAAUAUCAAUGGAGGUGUGAUAGAGAAAAAAAAAUGUGUUUGGCCUAUCAUUAGACGGGCUAAAGUCGUUGUUGAAUUCAAAAGAGGGCCCCUCCAAAAUAACUAACGUGCCAGGCUUCAACUGGUAAGACAAGGGACAGGCCUCGUAUGCCCUUUUUGAAUGGCGAACAUCAUUGCCUUUUCAUUUCCUUCCAUGAACCUACCAUGGCAUUGUUGAUGAUGUGUGAAAGGGGUUUUAUGCUGAUAGAUGGCACGUGUACGGAACGGUUUUGUGCCGCUACCUGUAGUACAUCAGAUGAACUUAGAAACUGCACCGCGAGCUUUCAUUCACAUAGCCCUGUACAUCCUGUUCUGGCAGGGUCACUUACAACAAGUCUUAUCAGUGAUAAGGUCCAUGGGUCCUAUUCCAUCAACAGCAGCUCACAGAGUCUCCAGAGUUGGACAAAAACAACAAUGCCGUGGUUCUUUCACUGAACGAGAGCAUGUUUUGAAUAUUCAUGCCGACGAUAUUCUUCUUAUUUCACACCCUAAACAGGUGUCGCAUUGAUUUCUUGAAUCCCAACCGUGCAUUCUCUCAGAGAACGUUAUGUCAUUUUUGUCUGAGCCUGGAAACCCGGUUAGGAAGAAGAAUACGCACUUAUGUCAGCACUGGACAGAUCAGGAAAUGAGGUCCAGUUCACAUAAGACUCGUUUUCUAAUCUGUACCAUCUAAGGUGUCCGUUAUAUAGACCCCACACACACACAGACAGAGAGAGUGUCUGUCCGCACUGCAGAUGCUUGCUCACUGUCAAACCCCCCCUUCUCUUAUCUCCGGAACUGGCAUUUUCUGCAGUGUCCAGGCUGGUGGCCAAUACUGCCUUCACACCACCUCCCUCGUGUGAUUUGUUUAUUCACACCGUCACUGGAGGCCUACAGACAGAGGCAGAGAGAGACCGGAAGGUAAAGACAAGAGACAGAGAGAGGAGGAUUGAGGGAGAGAACUGAGAGGAUUAAGUCAUUUUGGACGUUCCUUUCCUAACAAUCCAAGUAGAGAUGGGCCAUGGACACAUGUAGAAAUUAUGACAAACUCAGUAACUUUGUCGCAUCAGUGAACCUGCCUUCAUACAAAUACCUGAUAUAAGACUGACUGGAACAGACAAGAGGUCUUUGACCAUUUUUGUGAACGACAAACGAUUUGUUUUCCCCAUGGGUUGCAAACGUACGAUGUUAUGUACUGAAAUGGAGACUCUUGAGAUGCAGUCAUAUCGUCAGAGGUAGACAUGUAGCAAAUCAUCUGAAGAACUUCAUUUACGCAGUGCCAGAAGUCUUCUGGCACUCUCUUUCUGCUACGCUAUGUGUCCAGUGUGACCAUGUAUUGCUGUGAUUUUCAACCCUUGUUAUAAACUGUACCGUAAGCUUUCAUUCACAUAGCCCUGUAUCUAUGUUUGGGCCAAGAGGUCUUGACCUAAUUGAGUGGAGGUUGAGGGGUGGACCUUGAUUAUAAAUAUAUGAAUCUUAAAGAAAUAUUUCAAAACACUCCAUUUCUUAGCAUUUUCCUUUGAUGCCUUAUUUCUGUUAUUUCCUUCAAUAGAACCUUCAUCUUUCCCUGAAUGCCUUCUCUAGAAAAAAAAAAGACUGUAUAUGUAAACAUAGGUUUGUAUUUUUCUGUGAAGCAACGGUUGCAUUGUUGUGAUCAGCAGUGAACAAUGAAAAUGGACUCAGAAAUUUAUACUUGAGACAUUGAGACUAUUUGUAACAGCUGAGGCCCUAAACUAAAUGGGUUUUAUUGGAGGAUAUUGAGAGGGUGCUGCAUCAGUGGUACAAACACUUUUACUCAACUGAUCGAUCUAAUGAUGGUGCUUUGAUAACUACAUACUUGUCCUUGUCCAAUGCAUAAAAUAAGUAUAAUAAUUGAUGAAAUGUAAUACUCAAUAGCCUUCUCUUGCUUCUGUUUCUGAAUGAAUCAAUUUAACCUCUGAUUAUAUUAUACAGUACUGUCGAUCUUUUUCAAAUGGACCAGAUGUUAUGACAGUCCACCGGUCACAUUUCUUUCUCUCGUUCUCCCUUUUUCUCUCUCUCUCUCUAUGUCCACCCCUUUCUAACUCCUUUCCUCCAUUCUCUCUUAUUUUACUUGGGGGGGGGGGCCUUUACUCAUCGUUGUUGUUGAUAGACUGUGAAAGCUGAGUGAACGAUCCCCUCCAUAACUGUUUAUAUUACGGUCCAAAUCUUUAUUGUCGAAAAUGGCAUUCAAUAAACAGCAACACAUUGUUAAGGUUA